GAUCUAGUUCAGGAUCAAAAUUAAAAGUUCCUGAGCUGAGCAUAAAUGGCACACAGCACGUUGUUCAAGCAGGCCAGAGUUUAAAUCUCACUUGCAGGGGGGAAAUGGUUCAUUCAUGGUCUUUGCCUGAAACUCUAAGUAAGGAUAGCAAAAGGCUGAAAGUAAUUAAAUAUGCCUGUGGAAGGAAUGGGAAGCAGUCAUGCAGCAGUCUGACCUUGAGCAGAACUCAAGCAAGUGACACUGGAAACUAUAGCUGCAAAUACCCAACAAGUCCAGCAAAAAAGAAGAAGGAAUCUACAGUCUAUGUAUUUAUUAACGAUACAGACAAUCCAUUUGUAGAGAUGCACAGUGAUAUACCUAAAGUAAUACACAUGACUGUGGGAAGAGAAAUGAUUAUUCCAUGCAGAGUCACAGCACCAAACAUUGCUGUUACUUUAAAAAAGAUUCCACGCGAAACCCUAAUUCCUGAUGGCAAGACAAUAAUCUGGGACAGCAUGAAAGGCUUCAGAAUACCUAAGGCAACCUACAAAUUCAUAGGGCUCCUGAGCUGCGAGACAACUGUCGGUGGACACAAGUAUAGCACAAAGUACCUAACGCACCGAGAAACCAACACAAUUUUUGAUGUUCAGUUAAGUACCCCGCGUCUUGUCAAGUUGCUGAAAGGAGACAGCCUGGUGAUUAACUGCACUGUCACCGCAGCCUGGAACACCAGGGUGCAGAUGACGUGGACUUAUCCUGGAGAGACAAAGAAGAGAGGUUCUGUAACACAGCGCAUUGACCAGAAGAAUACGGAAGCCAAUAUUUUCUACAGUAUCCUCGUUGUUGACAAAGUGCGAGAUAUUGAUAAAGGCCAGUACACCUGCCACGUGAAGAGCGGGCCAUCAAUCAAAGCUGUUAACACGACAGUCAUUGUUUAUGAUAAAAUGUUCAUUAAUUUGAAACGUCGAAGAAAAACUGCGCUGGAGGCUGUAGCUGGAAGAAAAUCCUAUCGUUUGUCAAUGAAAGUGAAGGCGUUUCCCUCUCCAGAGGUUUUAUGGUUAAAAGAUGGACUACCUGCUGCUGAAAAGUGUGCCCGGUACAUGGCUAAAGACUAUUCAUUAAUCAUCAAGGAUGUUGCUGAGGAAGAUGCUGGAAACUACACUAUAAUAUUGAGCAUACGCCAGUGGAACUUGUCUAAGAAUCUUACAGUCACUCUUACAGUAAAUGUGAAACCCCAGAUAUAUGAAAAUGCUGUGUCAUCAUUCCCUGAUCCCAAUCUAUAUUUACUGAACAGCAGACAAGUGCUGACCUGCACAGUGUACGGUAUUCCUCAGCCUAAAAUUACAUGGAUGUGGUACCCCUGUAGACAAAAUCAUUUUAAAACAAGGUAG